UGACUAACCGCCAGCGCGCGACAAAUUCUGGUGUGACAUCUGGGGAAUCUGCGACAUCAUCGGUCAAAUCAUCCCUACCACCACACCGUCCAGGCUUCAGUGGACUCUAGAACAUACACAGCUGCCAGAACUGUCGCCACCAGUCCAGUGUGCUUGCCAGAAGAUCCUUUAAACAGCAAGCUCGCUCCAAAUCUGCCAAUUAUCCGCCUUCCCUGCGAUGCCCUCCAUCGACGUGUGUCCCGUUUGCGUGGACCGUCCCUUGGAGCAGUCCCACACCGUCACCUCGGUGGCAUGGAUCCAGUGUGAAGCCUGCAAUCAAUGGUACCACAGUGUGUGUGUCCAGUUGGGGCUGCUCGAGAUGAACAACCUCCAUUCGUACCACUGCGCCAAGUGCACCAAGACCCACGGUCCUUCGACGUUUCGAAGAAAAUCCAAGCGCAGCAAGAUCCAGAUCGACUACGUCGCUUUGAACGAUGGCGAAGUAUUCGCCGUCGACAAACUGUCGCAUCCACACGUCACCAGCCUCUUGGAGUUCGCCACCACUGGGUCCGACUCGGAGCACAUCUACAUCCAGAACGAAUUGACCACCAAAUUUGCCUUGAAAACAGGCUUGCGCAAACCCAUUCUAGUUCCCAAUGCCACCGAGGAAAACUCGGGCAUGAAGUUGCCGUUGGACCCCAAGCAGAUCACACUCGACUAUAUCACCGACAAGGUGGGCGAAGACACCUCGCUCGAGGUCAUGGACGUGCUAUCGCAGCAGGGAGUCCAUCCUGGGUGGAACAUGGGCCAGUGGCGCGACUAUUUCAACUCAGAUGAACAUAACAGGGACAGAAUCCGCAACGUAAUCUCAUUGGAAAUCUCGGACGUGCACCCGUUGGGCACCCAGUUCAGAAGGCCCCAAAUGGUGCGAGACUUGGAUUUGGUCGACAAGGUGUGGGACCGCCACGACGAGCAGCCACGGUCCAAAGUCACCAAGUACUGUUUGAUGUCAGUCAAGGGCUCGUUCACCGACUUCCACAUCGACUUCGGCGGCACCUCCGUGUACUACACCGUGUGCACCGGGUCCAAGACGUUCUUGAUGUUCCCGUCAACUUCCGAAAACCUUGCACUCUACGAGGCGUGGUGCUUGGAGCAGAACCAGAACUUCAUGUGGUUCUGCGACUACUCCAAGAACAUCAAGGGCAAGAAAGUGCGCCCAUCGCAGGGCUUCAAGGUCACCCUCCACGAGGGCGACUUGUUCAUCAUUCCCAGUGGCUGGAUCCACGCCGUGUACACUCCCGAAGACUCAAUCGUCAUUGGGGGCAACUUUCUUACACUCCGAGACAUGGCCACCCAGCUCCACAUCAGCACCAUCGAGAAAACGACAAAGGUGCCGUCCAAGUUCCGGUUUCCCAUGUUCAACAAGGUGUUGUGGCUAGCCAGCUGGUACUACUACACGCACCAGGAUGAGUUCUUGCGGGACCGCGAACCUGCGCUCGCUGUGCAGCCAGAGCAUGAACUACUCCAGGGCCUUAUCCGCCACUUGACUGCCCACUACGAGCUCAGCAAGACCAACGCCACCGCCAAGCGCAGCGUGCCUACUGACGUGAUCGGCAAGGACGUGCUGGCGUAUCUCUCCCAGCUCCUGGCGUGGGCAAGCACUUUCUACCCUUGA